CGUUGCCGCGAUGAGAAAUCAAAUCACCGUAACUCAAACUUGAUGAUCGUCAAUCAGUUUCGGCUGAAACUAACUGUUUCGGGCAAAGAUGAACCAGGAAGCUGAAGAGCAGCGGCCAAUACCGCAGACACUUUGCGGCGCCCUACAGAAAGAAGCAAACUGCAAGUGUCUGGUCUUGUCAGUUUUGAUAUACGGAUGUUUAGCGGCUGUGACCUGGUGCAGAUGCGCGAACGUUACGAAGGUUGUUAUUGACUUUUUGAAGUACCCGAUAACUAGUACAAAACACGUCUCGCCAUGCGACGACGGCUACGUUUACAUACCGGUGGCAUUCAUGGGCAUGCUGUACCUCGUCUACUUGGUCGAGUGCUACCACUCGCCGAUAAGGAUCGACCUUUUGCACGCGAGGAGCCAGGACAGCAUACUCACGAAAUUAGCACAGCUCAAGAUGGCCAAGGCGACGAUAUGGUGGAAGGCGAUAUCUUAUCACUACGUCCGCAGGAAGCGCCAGAUAACGAGAUACAGGAACGGUGACAACUACACCACGACUCAGGUCUAUUACGAGAGGGUGAACACCCACGCGGCAACCUCGUUUUACUUCUACGGUUACUGCGGCGUCAAGGACAUCAGCAAGGAGUUGGUCCUGGACCCGAAAUUACCAAUAACGAAAAUAUCACUGACGAAGGGGUUUGCCUUCUCGAACAUGAGGUCGGCGACUGAAUUCGAGGAGGCAAGAUCGAGGUUCUUCGCUGAACAGGAGCACAGGGACGACUAUAUGGAGAUGCGUGAGGGCCUGGAUCUGGGCUACAAUUUUAACCCAACUUCCCUUGUUGCUGUCCUCGGAAAACCCUGGUUCACAAACGCUUACGUCUACUGGAGUCUGAGCGCCCUUCUCCUUAGCUGGCCCUUAAGGAUAAUCAUCGAGUGCAACACGCAGUACACAGAUUACCAAAUCACAAAACUCUUCGGCGUCAACUACGACGCGCCGACUGCAAGUGGACAGCCGAUUCACGCCUCAUCGAGCCAGCUCAGCGCUCCUGGUUCCUACAUGCUGGUUCCGAGCUACAGCGAGGCUCUCCUGAUGGAACCAGCACCGGUUCCGGUUCGUUCCGGAGUCAGCGAGGAGCCCGGCACAGACAUGGUGCCUAGCUACUCGGAGGCGCUUCUUUAUGAGCGGGCGUACGACCUCCAGGGUGAAGUUAGGGUCGAGCAGUGCACGGAGGCGGCUGGCAGUUCCUCUGCAGGAGGCUGCGAAUGUCCGUGUCACGGACAAGUUUGCGAGGCGGGGAUUCCCGGCGGCAGCAACCGAAGCUCGAUGGAGGUGUCGGAGGAGGCGCAGGACAACUGCUCGGUCGGUAACGUCGGCAGGCCCUGCUCGAGCUGCAGUGAGGAGCCGAUCGGCGCCGGGCGUCCGGAUUUCGUGCCCAGGCUGAUCGGCGGAGGGUCGAGUCGCGGCUCGGCGGAGGCGCUGAGUCAAGGCUCAGAACCGGGAAGGGUGGGCUCGCAGGAUAAGCCGCGGCAUAUCCUGAGGGAGAACUCGGAACCGAACCUAAGAACGAGCGCCGACCAGCUCUUCUGCGGUAGUGUUCCGGUCUUUGGUCGCGGGGCCACGCGGCUCAGCCUGGAGAACAUCCUUGAGCACGACGAGACCGUUGAGCCGGACUUCGGCACCCGGGCUGAGGCUCUGAUCCUUGAGGAGGAUGACGAUUUCGACCCGAAACGUCUCGCCGGUACGAGUCGUGGCGCCAUUCCGAAAACCCUCGAAACCGCCGCUGAGCGCUCGAAAAAGAUACCCAGCUCCAGGACCUACUUCUGCAUCAAGUCCAUCCUCAAGCAGCACCGUCGACGAUACACCCUUGUCACGCCCGAGGAACUCCAAAACCUUGUUGGCCUCGAGCAGAACGGCGAUGUCGCAUCUACCAGCCGCGGAUGCAAUCCUCAAUGCUGCGGUGCUCAUUGGGAGAGAAUCGACGUCAACUCGAACACUCUGGAGAAUGGUCUGCCGCGCAGGGGACAGCAACCGUUUCAGGGCAGCCUCGACAGCCUCAGUUCAGGACGUUUCAGUGAAGCCUCCUCUAUGCACAAGCGGGAAAACUCUCGUACCCUCAUCUUCGCCAGUCCCAUUCAGGAGAUAUGCCCCAGCGAUCCGUUCGGCGGAAGAACCUUAGUGCCCAGCGAAAAUCCACCGAAUUACGAGGAUGCCCUGGAUCUUCCUGUUCUCUCCAGGCUAAAGCGGUCCUUCACGGAGCGUGAGACGCGAACCCCGGGGGCUGGGGUCCGAAAACACCAUCGUACCUUCAGCAUAGAGCCAGAGUAUCUAUUCUCAGGAAACCGGGGAGUCGAGAGACGCUGUCAGGGUGACGGAAUGCCUUACGACGUCGUAAUCCCGGUACAAAAUAGCAGAGUUAUAAUGCCGAGUCAGUAUCGGCGGACUGUUUCGGAGGACGGAGCUUCCGGUUCGAGCAGUUGCUGCCGGGAGCAGGAGCCGGAAUCCGGAGGCCGGCUUUCGAGGCUGACGCGUUCCCUGACGGAGAGAACGUCGUCGAGGAGAAACGGGGAACGUGACUUCCGGAGGAGCCUGACGGACAGAAUCGAAUUUUCGAGAAAUCGUCCAGGCAGCAGGAAGGUCAAUAUAAACAUGGAAACCUCUUUAUAACAAGUCCGAUACGUUAGAACAGCUUUUUUUGACGACGUUAUGAAAGUUUUUUACCUCAGUGCUGCUUAUAUUAUUUUUCAACAUCUUCCUCGGGACAAAGUGUUCCUCUGACAGGAUUGUAAUGAUUUUAAUAUUCUAUUUCAUUCGGUUUACAAAAUUUACUAUACAUGUAUACUUCGUACGAGAUGUUACGUCCUGCUGAAGAGUAUUGGGAGCCAACGUAUGGACGAAGCUGUAUAUAAGCAAUAUGGCGUCGGAGACGAUGAUCAGCUGACGGCUUUAUGCAAAUUAUGCGGAUUAUAGGAUACAAAAAACUUCUCGCUAAGCUGUUAAGCCCUUAUUAUGUUGUAUCGAUUUAAUAGAGA